AUGUUCGUGACAAUACCAUUUUACAACCUGGACUGUGACGGAUAUCGCAGCGACAUUCCAGUGCAAACUGCGUGGUCUAAUCAGAUUCAAGAGACGCUGAAUAAACUGAGCCAAGCUCGCCAACGUAGUGAGAAUCUGAUUGAUUCCAUGCUGACCAAGAGCAUUGCAGACCGCCUCAAGAGAGGUGAUGAUGCUGUAUCUACGUGUGAGGCAUUCCCACAAGUGACCAUUCUGUUCAGCUACAUGGUCCGCUUUUCGGACAUUUGCACAGAAGGCUCACCCAUGCAGGUUGUAGAGUGUAUACAGAACGUGACAGAAGUCUUUGACGCUAUAGUAGACAAGUACAAUCUAUUCAAGGUAUGCAGCCUGAGCAUUUUUGGGCAUUAGGAGUUAUUGAUGUUAAAUUAAAGAUUGUUCAUUUGUCUUGUUUUC